AUGCCCAGUAUCCGCACUCGCGCUCGUACCAGCUUCUGCAUUUUACUCACCCCCAUCAAGGUAAAAUGUCUUGCUCGUAUCCUUGCAAAGGGCCGUUCCUGCUCUUCGGUGCGACGUCAUAACGUUGCCGUCGCCACCGGAAUACAAUCCUAUCCUCUGCUACACCUCCUAUCCUUUAUAUAUAGAGUUGUAUCGAGCCGCUCUCUCACACGAAUUCUACACUUCACACAUCCGUCAAAGUACUCUUUUCAACAGAACACGCAGACACACUUUCGCUUCCACAAGAUUGCCACAAUGUGCGACUUUACCAAAAAUUACUACAUCUACAUGUCUUGCGUCGACCCAGGUCUGCACUUCUGCAGCACUUCAACCGAUGGCAGUCGUCAGCAUUCUUGCCCCGCGGGUCCUCAUGAACGAUACAUUGUUAUCCAGGAAAGCUGCCCGCUGUGCUCAGGCUGA